GCUGGUGGAUCGUCUUCGAGUACAACAGCUUCCGUUGCGGUAACUGUUCAUCGUCUGAGUGGCGCUAACGGUCAUCAAAGUAUAUGUCGCAAGAAUACUAACGGCACAUCAAAUACAUCUGUUUCAAACGGUUUUGCUAGCGGUUCAACCGUUAACCGAUUUGUUCCAAACAGUUCCGUCGCCGGAUCACCACUUCGUGGUCACUCACCGCGUACUGUACUGAACAGUAAAUUACAAAAUGGUGGAUCUCCACGAUCAUCUCUUGCUAGUUAUUCAUCGUAUGGUUCAGUAGUAAAUCAAACUAAUGGAUACAGUCCGACAUAUAUCAGGCGAUCACCUCGUCAGUCAUCAUCCCCGAUUAGUGAGGACUGUUUAGUGGUAAUUCGUAUGCGAGCAGAUGCCCAGGGCCGAUACGGUUUUAAUGUGAAAGGUGGUGCUGAUCAGAACUAUCCUGUUAUUGUAAGUCGAGUUGCGCCUGGUAGCUCAGCUGAUAAAUGUAAUCCUAGGCUAAAUGAAGGAGAUCAGGUUUUAUUAAUUAAUGGUAUGGAUGUGUCUUCGAUGUCACAUGAAAAAGUUGUUCGAUUCAUUCGUGCCACACGUGAUUCACCCAAAGGAGAAUUGGUACUUACAAUUAGGCCAAAUGUUUAUCGAUGCGGUGAUGAUGUCGAAGAAUCGGAUGCGCAACAUUUACCUGAAGUACCUCACGUAGCUGACACAGUGCCGCGUUCUGAUAAACUAUCACAAUCUCUUAUUAUGCUCAAAGAAUCCUUAUCAUCUGGGAAAAUUAUUACACAGUUUGAGCAGUUGUAUCGGAAAAAGCCGGGUUUAGCAAUGGAAGACUGUAAAUUAUCAUUAAAUGUUAAUAAAAAUCGUUAUCGCGAUGUGUGCCCAUACGAUAGUACUCGCGUAAAGAUAAGCGCGCCUUCUGGUGAUUAUAUCAAUGCAUCUUUUGUCAAUAUGGAGAUCCCUUCAAGUGGUAUUGUGAAUCGAUACAUAGCAGCUCAGGGGCCACUUGCGCAUACAUCCGGUGAUUUCUGGUACAUGGUAUGGGAGCAGUUGUGUACAACUAUUGUCAUGCUAACUACUACCAUUGAACGAGGUCGUAUUAAAUGCCAUCAGUAUUGGCCUAGACUUUAUGAAAAUCACGAUUAUGGCCGGUUGCAAAUUUCUUGCAUCAGUGAACGGGAAACUGUCAACUGUGUAUAUCGCGAAAUAUCAAUUCAAGAUAUGAUGACAAAAGAGGAAAGACGGGUAAGUCAAAUGCAGUACACAGCAUGGCCUGAUCAUGGUGUGCCUGAUGAUCCGAAACAUUUUAUCGAAUUUGUCGAUGAGGUUCGACGUGCUCGAGCAGGUUCAGUAGACCCAAUCGUCGUGCACUGUAGUGCAGGAAUCGGACGAACCGGUGUAUUAAUUUUGAUGGAAACAGCUGCUUGUCUGGUGGAAGGUAAUGAACCGGUAUACCCUUUAGAUAUUGUCAGAACAAUGCGUGAUCAACGAGCCAUGCUUAUACAAACGCCGGGUCAGUACACAUUUGUAUGCGAAUGCAUUUUGCGUGCUUAUCACGAUGGUCUGAUCAAGCCAUUAGCAGAGUACUGUAUGCGAUCUUCCUGA